GGCCAGAAGCACUACGAGUACCUUUCGUGGUGAGUUGAUCCAGCGUCUGGACGGUGACCUGGUUGCCACGAGGGCAGAUUUGGCACAGCUGCGGGAUGACAAGGCAGCCCUACAGCAGGAUAAGGACAACCUCAUCGCCGAGAAGACAGCGCUCAUUGAGGAAAAAAACACGAUGGAGACCAGGAUGAACUCUGCUUUGGAGAGGGCUUCAGACGCUGAGUCCGCGCUUCUCAAGGUGCAGAAGGAGAGAGAGGCCAUGCUCCAGAAGCACAGCAGAGAGCUGCAGUCGUCCAACGAUGCACUGCACCAGGCCUCGAUGUCAUCCGAACGGCAGCAGAAGAGCCAUGACGAGCGCAUGAAGCUGGCCAAGCGUCUCCAGGAGGAAGCAGAGGUGUCGAACAAGAAGCACAGGGACAAUGCCGGUGCGGAGUAUGAUCUGCGUGAGAAGCUGCGGAACGAGCGGGACAAGUACAAGAGCAGCAGCGAGAAGUACCAGCGCAUUGCCGAGCAGGCGCAGAAGGCGCUGGAGCAGGCGCAGAAGGCGCUGGAGCUGGAGAAGAAGGAUCACCAGGUCACGGCGAGGAUGCUGAAGAGAAGAAGUGAA